GAGCCUUUCCUGGCUGGCAGCAAGAUACGAAGCACCUUGGUUCUCCUGGCUGCUGAGUGUAUUAACUUGUAGACUUGCAGAAUGGCAGCUGCAAAUCCAUCCAUCAUACUUGCUCUACCUGUUCAAGUCCCUUCCUGGGAACAUCAAAGAAUCACAGAAAUGGAAAGCAUCAGUUGUGAGUCACAGAGCUCCAUAACCUUUGAGGAUGUGGCCAUAGACUUUACCAGAGGGGAGUGGGAAUUGCUGGAUCCAUCUGAGAGAGAACUCUACCGAGACGUGAUGCUAGAGAACUACAGAAACUUGGCUUCCCUGGGACAUAAGCUCAGCAAACCUACUCUGAUCACCCAACUGGAACAGGAACAUCACCUAAAGACUGUGGAGAAAAAAAUUCAUCAAGACCCUUGUUCAGUGCCUCUUCAAACUCCUACUUUUACACAUCAGAGGAUCCCAAAGGUGGAAAACAUUUACUGUGCAUCACAGAGCUUGGUAACCUUCGGGGAUGUGGCCAUAGAUUUCACCAAGAAAGAGUGGAAGCUGCUGGACCCACUUCAGACAGAACUCUAUCGAGACGUGAUGCUGGAGAACUAUAGAAACUUGGCUUUCUUGGAACGUCAGCUCAGGAAACCUAGUAUGAUUACCCAGCUGGAAGAAGACCAUGACCCAAAGACUGUGAAGCAAAGAAUUCACCAAGAUCCUUAUUCAGAUAGGAUGAUUUUGUCACCAGUCAGCAACCAAUCACAGCAUAUCCAAAAGAAUUUGGAAAGAGAAAGACUCAGUGACAAGAGGUAUGGGGGAUUGAACCCAGUGCUUUGUACAGAGCUACAUCCUCAACCUUUUUUUCAUUUUUUAUCUUUGUUUUUUAUUUUAUUUUUAAAUUUUAUUCACUUGUUUAUUUUUGUUUUUGAGAUACAGUCUUGCUAAGUCAAUAAAUGGGGCAAUGGGUUCCAGUUUGCGAUUCUGUGGCAUUACCCUCCCUCUCGAGUUUGGGAUUACAGGUAUGCACCAUAACACCCAGACAAUAAAGUGAUUCUUAAAC